UGAACCCAAAAUAUGUGCAUGUAAUGACCUUCAGUGGCAAUUAAAAAUCUAUAAUUUCUAUUUAGUCGUAUAUAGUCCGGUUUGAAUAGUCUCAUUGAUCGCAGUUAUUAUAAAAUUCUAUUUAUUUAUUAAUAGCAGUUAGUUCUUGCAAUAAUUUUUUCAAAGGAUUUAUUUUAAGGAAGAAAAUGUGUUUUAGAGGGGCAAAAUCACCGGAAAAUGAGGGAGUUGAUUCAAUUAAAAGCACUCAGUCGAAUAAACUUUCACCGUCUAAAAUCGAAAGAGAAAAGUCCAAAUCAACACUAUGCUCAUUAUCGUUUUCACCAACAUCACGUUCUACAAAAUCUUGUGAACAAAAACGUCGUAAGCAUAUUCUUUCAAGUGAAGAACUAAAUCAAUUAACAAAACAAAGUAGUCAACAUCUUUAUCAUUUUAAUAUGCCACUGAUUACAGAUUGUGAAUGACAUAAUACAAAUGUAAACAAUGUAUGAAUCUAAUAACAACUAGCAAAAACAUGCAAUGAUUUUGGUACAAAUUUACACAGAAAUUUAUUAAUAUUCAUAUACUGUAUUUACUGUGCUAAAAAGAAGAGAGUUAACUUUAUUUUAAUAAUGAGAUGUUAGCUGUUUUGCUUGAAAAUUUGUUUCAUCUUCUACCUUUUCACAUCCAUGAAAAGUAUUCAGUAUCAUAGUAUCAAUUUAAGAAAAUAAUCAAUUAAUUUAAAAGAUAAUUAGUUUUUCUCUCAUUAGCCAAGGUGAUGCAAAUGAUCCAUUACACAUUCACAAUUCGGCUGUGUAUAUAUUUGUUUAUACUACUUUUUAAAUGGAUAUACCGCGAUACACGCUUGUUUAACGGAUACGGAUUUAACCAAGUCUUCAACUUCAUUUUUUAACCAUUAACGAUGAUUGUAAUGAUGCACGCUGCAUAUAAUAACUGCAGAAGUUUCAGUUUCUACAAAAACCACUCAUUUUUAUCAUAAAAACACUGGUAACCAGAUGGCUUAACUAACCCUUCAGGAAUAAAUAUUCAUCAUAUAGGCAAAUCUUCACAUGAUUAAUUUACUCACCAAAAGCAAACUGACAGACUGUGAUCUAUACGAGUCAUUGCUUCUGGCAAGAAUGCUAUAUGUUCUAAUAAAUUUCGGUGGUUCUCGACAAAUACCGUUAAAACGAAGUAAAUCCACUGACCAUAUUAAGUGGUUUUAUAAUAGCAGUUAAGUUUUGCAGCCUCACAAAAAUAUGACAGCUGUUUAAGCUGACUUCUGCUGAAAACUGUUUACGUAAUUACACAGAAAUUUACUGAAAAAUUAUAAUUUUCAUAAUAAUUGACAAAACAACAGAAUAUUCGGUAAAAAUAGUCAAUGACGGGUCCAAAACUGAAAUGUUUGUAAUCAAAUUAUAUAGAUUUAGGUAUUUAUUAUUAAUUUCUUUGGUCCCGGGUGUAACACAGAUAUUCGAAGGCACAUGUUUUCACACUAUUAUCGACAGUCUUUUUGAGCUGGUUCCCUUAUCCGGAAUUUAUUAUAUGUGGCGUAUCAUUCGUCCCACCCAAAAGACAAAAAUUGGUUAAAGGCAUCCAUAGUGAAAUGACCUAUGUUUUCAUAUCUUCAAGGCCGUAGAGUAAGACGACACAAACCGCUAUUCAGUAUAUAUACUCUUUGACAAAACAGAGUUUGCUUCAUGCAGUUAAUUGUUAUAUGAAAACCAUGUGAGAUUUUAAACUUUAUCGACCAAUUAACUCUUCUAGACAAGUAGACUCCUUAGAUUUCGCCUUUCAGUGGUUUCCUACAGAAUGAUACGGAAGGAAUUCAUGCUGUUCUUACCAUAUGUAAUAUUUCACCUAAACACAUUCUUCGCAGUAUAUAAUUAUUUUUCUUAAGUAUUUAUAGACAUAAUUAUAGAAAAAGAUAUCAACGGUUAUAAUCAGUAUUUUCCACUUUGUCAAUACCAAUAACUAAUGUGUGAAAGCGUAGAGUUAAUGGCAUUAAAUGAGGAUAUUUAGAUGCCAUUAUGACCUUGAUACUCCAUGUGAAAC